AUGAAUUUUCGAUGUCGGGCUUUUCGGAGUUUUGUCGACGGAAUCCAAAUGUGCAAGACGAAAGGCAGUGAAGCCCGCAGUCGGCGCUCAGAUAGAACGAAUACUGGCCUUCAACCCAGCAAUUCUCUACUACCGGACCGUUCAAAAGGGUCUGCAAGACCGGUGCGUAGCGGUACCUCCGCCACUGUCCCUAUCCGGGUCAGAGAGCGCAGGCGGUUCUCCGACAAACGUCCCUAUACGUUUCCGCGGUGCCGGCAAAGUUCGAAGAGGCCCUCGCAGGGUACCUUGGUCGGUAGCACCGCGUAG